GUGGGAGUCACUAAGAUAAACACCGGUUUAAGUGCCUUCUUUGCCCAUAGUCUUACAAAAACAUUCAACCAAUAUCAAUCACUAUGGUGCAGAAAUUAUAGAAGGGAUAGUAUACUGAUCGAUUAAACCCUCACUUGAAGUAACUUCAGUCGUAGAAGGUGAUCUUCACAUCAAAAACAGCGUUAUGAACAAACUUCAGGUUAUGUGAGCAGAUCAUGUGACACACAGAGCGUCCUUCCUGUCCAGAGCUGCACUCGAGUGAACUUCGCUCAGUUAAACAAACAUCGGACUGAGUUUGAGCUGCACUGGAUCGAGAAAGCAUGGAGAUAUCGUUCAGUGGAAAGCGAGCUCUGGUGACUGGAGCUGGUAAAGGGAUUGGACGGGCCACGGCUCUGGCUCUGGUGCGCUGCGGGUCAAAGGUCACGGCUGUCACACGCACAAAGGCUGACCUGGAUAGCCUUGUGCAGGAGUGUCCCUCCGUUAAGCCGGUGUGUGUGGAUCUGUCAGACUGGGACGCCACAGAGCAAGCUCUGAAAGACAUCGGUCCGGUGGAUCUCCUGGUCAACAAUGCAGCCUGCGCUAAACUGCAGCCCUUUCUAGAAGUCACGCCAGAUCAGUUUGACACGUCUUUCAGUGUCAACGUCAAAGCUGCACUUCAUGUUGCUCAAAUCGUGGCUCGAGGAAUGAAGGCCAGGGGAAGUGGAGGAUCCAUUGUGAACGUCUCGAGUCAAGCUUCACAAUGUGCGCUGAAAGAUCAUGCCGUAUACUGUGCCACUAAAGGAGCGCUGGACAUGCUGACCAAAGUGAUGGCGCUGGAGCUGGGUCCAUAUCAGAUCCGAGUGAACUCUGUGAACCCGACCGUGGUGAUGACAGAGAUGGGGAAGAUCGGAUGGAGUGACCCAGAAAAGGCCAAGAGCAUGACGUCACGCAUCCCGCUGGGGAAGUUUGCAGAAGUGGAGGAUGUGGUGAACUCCAUCCUCUUCCUCCUCAGUGAUAAGAGCAGCAUGACGAACGGAGUGAUUCUGCCCGUGGACGGAGGCUAUCUGGCUUGCUGAGGACAAACGUCAUCAGCCACAGGUUCAUGAGGGGAACGGACGCCUUUCACCUGCUACAACUCAUUUUAAAACAAUUCAUCAUCUUUGUUCUUCAGACAAAGCUUCAGAGCAUCUGCUGUUAUAGUGGAGCAGCAUGAACAUUCUGCUGAAUAUCUCCUUUUGUGUUGCACAAACCACUUAAUGUAGCAUUCAAACUGAACUGAAGCCUUGCUUUAAUGAGCUCAUACGGUCCUCAUGAGAGCCUGAAGGUCUCAGCUUCUAGCCACUUCCAGUUGCCAUGACAAUACAGUCCAUUUCUAAUGCUGUAGUAUCAUGAAAGGCCUGUAGAGUUCAACAUUCACACUGCUGUUAUUGUAGUAUCAUUGAUAUACUAUUGCAGCUUUUAUUAUUAUUAAUUGGUUUCUUUUUAAUUUUAGUUAAAGUUUUAGUAAUUUAGUUUUUUUUUUUUUUUCAUACAUCUAUAUAGUAAUUUUUGUCUCAGUUUUGUCAAGCUAAAAGAAAAUGAGAAAUGAUGCCUUGGCCACUGGAUGAAAUAAAAUGUUUAAUAUUUUUUUAAAUGAAAUAAAAUCUUAAUUUUUUUAUAUUUUCUUUUAUUUAAUUUGAAUUUUUUUUUAAAUGAUCAUAACCCUGAUACACAUGAUUAAAUCCAGAUUUUCCUGAUCAAAUUUCCUGACAGAAAAUUGUGAUGCUUAUAAUAGUUUCUGUUGAUGUUCAUAAUAUCAUAUCUUCAUGCCUUAUAGUCACAUUUAGCAGAUUAGAGCUGAAUAUUAGUAUCAUUUACAUUUUCCAACGAUAUAAAAAAAUCAAGCUGAGGUUUGUGAUAUAGUAAAUAUCAUUUUACGUAAGUAUACUGUAUUAAAAGGUUGUAUGUAGAUAUAUAUCCAACACUAAAUAUAUUCCUGGAUGCAAUAUAGUUCACAUUUUGCAACAAUAUUGCAAUUUAUUUGAAUGAUAAAAAGGUCUCCACAGACAAGGAGAAAUGUAUUUACUGUGACUGAACUUUAUAAAACUUGAUUUUAAAAGCAUUGCAAAUGGACAUAUUAAAGAAAUCUCAGUCUGUUCCUCACACAAAGCUGUUGUUUGG